AAACACUCAAGGUCUUAGGUAAACAAUAAUGAGUGUCUAAAGUACUACUGCGAUACUCAUCGUCGUGUUUUUAGGCUUUUUGUUCACGCUGCUUCUUUGCGUCAUACAAUGUCGGUGUUGCUCUCCGGUGUGUCAGCCUCAGCCAUUGGCUUCAGAGACCUCCCUCCGUAACAACACACACAGACGCACAACGCGCACAGUGCUUUCGAGGAGCGAACGGUGAGAUGUUGGUGAAACUGCGGUUUACCGACUCCUUUCUUUCCAGCUUCACAUCGGCGAGGAGCGCAGGGAAGCCUCUGCGAUGCGCUCAACCGGGCACGCAUCGGAGUUGAAAUAAGGGAAACACGGGGGGUCUUGAACAGAAAGAGAGAGGGGGCGAUAUUCUUGCGAGGAUGACUGACUGGUGACAAAGAAAACGGGGAGCCCCUCUGGCUUCGGUUGUCAGCCGCUAGAACUUGACGGAAGGCGUUUUUGGGGACCUGCUUGGAAGAUUUUUACAUCAUCUUAUUUUUUGGAGGGGGAACCAUGCCUGUCAGGAGGGGUCAUGUUGCGCCACAAAACACGUUUUUAGGAGUAAUAAUUCGGAAAUUCGAAGGACAAAAUAAGAAAUUCAUCAUAGCCAAUGCCCGGGUGCAGAACUGUGCUGUCAUCUACUGUAAUGACGGCUUCUGCGAGAUGACCGGCUUCUCCAGGGCGGACGUCAUGCAGAAGCCGUGCACUUGUGACUUCCUGCACGGACAGUUCACCACCCGGCACUCGCAGGCUCAGGUGGCCCAGGCGCUGCUGGGAUCGGAGGAGCGUAAGGUAGAGAUCACCUACCACCGCAAGGAUGGUUCUAACUUCCUGUGCGCCACACAUAUCAUCCCCGUGAAGAACGAGGAAGGCGUGGUCAUGAUGUUCAUCCUGAACUUUGACUACGUCCUGGAGGAGGGCAGCAGCGACUCUCUGGAGAAACUCAACCACACCCCGCCAUCCAAAGCUGACCACCGGAAGGGGAGAUUCUUUCGCUUCCGUUUCCCGGGCUUACCUCUCCUUGGCAUCAACAAGCAGUCCCUGCCCCAGGAAGACCCCGACGCCGUCAUGGUGGACUCCCCUCGCCACAGCGACGGCUCGGUGGCCACGCGCGACUACCAGCUUCCCACCACCCGCGAGAGCUGCAGCCCCUCCUACGCCAACGACACCCGCGCCCUCAUCGGUCCCAGCCAUUGCUCCACUCCUGUGUCCGGGCCUUUGGACCACUCGUCGCCCAAGGGCCCCUGGGACCGGACGUACCCCGACUGCUCCAAAACGCCGACCCAACACCAGAUCAAGGAGGACACGCUUGUUGCCGCUCCUUCAAUCCCAACCGCUUCCAGGGAGAGUAUGUGCAGUAUUCGCAGAGCGUCUUCCGUACAUGACAUGGAGGGCUUCGGGUCCAACUCCAAAAUGGCGUUCAGGGACAGACACGCCAGUGAAGGGCCGCUCAGCCAGAUCAAAUCCAGCCUGCUGGGCUCCACCUCCGACUCCAACCUCAACAGGUACAGCACCAUCAACAAGAUCCCCCUCAUCACGCUCAACUUCUCGGAGGCCAACAACGAGAAGAAGUGCCCCUCCCCUCCGUCCUCAGAGAAAACCAUCAUCGCCCCGAAGGUCUUUGACCGCACACACAAUGUCACCGACAAGGUCACGCAGGUUCUGUCUCUGGGCGCAGACGUGCUGCCUGAGUAUAAGCUCCAAACCCCGCGAAUGGACAAGUGGACCAUCCUGCACUACAGCCCCUUCAAAGCGGUGUGGGACUGGCUCAUCCUGCUGUUGGUCAUCUACACGGCCAUCUUCACACCGUACUCUGCGGCUUUCCUCCUCAACGACAUCGAGGAGCAGAGGAGGCGGGAGUGCGGCUACUCCUGCUCCCCCCUCAACGUGGUGGAUCUGAUCGUGGACAUCAUGUUCAUCGUGGACAUCCUCAUAAACUUCAGGACCACGUACGUCAACGCCAAUGAGGAGGUGGUCAGCCACCCGGCCAAGAUCGCCAUCCACUACUUCAAAGGAUGGUUCCUCAUAGACAUGGUGGCCGCCAUCCCGUUCGACCUGCUCAUCUUCGGCUCAGGAUCAGACGAGACCACCACUCUGAUCGGCCUGCUGAAGACGGCCCGUCUCCUGCGGCUGGUGCGAGUGGCGCGUAAGCUGGACCGGUACUCAGAGUACGGAGCCGCUGUGCUCAUGCUGCUCAUGUGCAUCUUUGCCCUCAUCGCCCAUUGGCUGGCAUGCAUCUGGUACGCCAUUGGAAACGUGGAGAAGCCUUACCUGGAGCACAAGAUCGGCUGGCUGGACAACCUGGGGGUGUCGAUAGGAAAGAAGUACAACUACAGUGACCCCAGCUCGGGCCCCUCCAUCAAAGACAAGUACGUCACCGCUCUCUACUUCACCUUCAGCAGUCUGACCAGCGUGGGCUUUGGGAACGUCUCCCCCAACACCAACUCUGAGAAGAUCUUUUCCAUCUGCGUCAUGCUCAUCGGAUCUCUAAUGUACGCCAGCAUCUUUGGGAACGUGUCCGCCAUCAUCCAGAGGUUGUACUCAGGUACGGCCAGGUAUCACCUCCAGAUGCUACGCGUCAAAGAAUUCAUCCGCUUCCACCAGAUCCCAAACCCCCUGAGGCAGAGGCUGGAAGAGUACUUCCAACACGCCUGGUCGUACACCAACGGCAUCGACAUGAACAUGGUCCUGAAGGGUUUCCCAGAGUGCCUGCAGGCCGAUAUCUGCCUCCACCUCAACAAGAACCUCCUGGAGGGCUGUAAGGCGUUUAACGGAGCCACCAAGGGCUGCCUCCGGGCACUGGCCAUGAGGUUCAAGACCACCCACGCCCCCCCUGGAGACACCCUCGUCCACAGCGGAGAUGUGCUAACUGCGCUCUACUUUGUGUCCCGCGGCUCCAUCGAAAUCCUCAAAGACGACGUCGUGGUGGCCAUCCUAGGUAAGAACGACAUUUUUGGCGAGAUGAUCCACCUGUUCUCCAAGUCGGGGAAAUCCUGCGCAGACGUGCGGGCGCUGAGUUACUGCGACCUCCACACCAUCCAGAGGGACGAGAUCCUGGAGGUGCUCGACAUGUAUCCGGAGUUCGCCGACCAAUUCCUCAAAAACUUGGAGCUGACCUUUGACCUCCGUGAUGAAAAGGUGACGUGCCUCCAAGCAGCUGACUCUAAUGUGGAGGACAACGAGUGUCGGAGACGAGUGUCCUACAAGAGGAAAAGCUCCACAGGCUCCCACAACAAGGAGCCAGCCGCCAGCUACUGCAACGCCAAGCAAGGGAGGCAGAUCUACGCCCCCCCAGCAGCCGAGGAGAGGAGAGAGUCCGCCGAGGAGGGAGAGGACGAGGAGGACGAAGAAGGGAGAGAGGAGGAGGAGGAGCAGAGGCCCUUGUGUUCGGGUGUACUGGGCUACCCGGUGGUUAGGGACCACACCGCGGCUCUCGGGCUGAGCGCAGAAGCACAGGCUGCAGACAACACGCAGACCCAGGCGUAUAAAGAGGUCCACACAGAGGAGUGGGUGCGUCAGCGUCCCGUAGAGGAGACAGCCCAGUGUCGGGAGACGGCAGCGGGGGAGGAGGACAGCGACACAGACCUCACCUACGGGGAGGUGGAGCAACGGCUGGACCUGCUGCAGCAGCACCUCAACAGACUGGAGUCCCAGAUGACCUCGGACAUCCAGGCCAUCCUGCACCUCCUCCAGAGGCAGACCACGUCCGGGCCCCCCGCCUACAGCACCGUCACCUCCAGCCCCGAGUACCAGAGGCCGGCCAUCAGGGUGCAGCCGGUGUCUGCCCUGCAGGCGGAGUUCAGCCUGGAUCCUGCUCCGCUCCGGCCACAGAGCCCAGAAAAGACCCCGAACAAAUCCAAAGACGGCUCCCCGGUGCUCCUGCGCACAGACGCUCUUCCAGAGGGGGACUUGGCUGAGCUGCUGGAGACUGACAGGGACUCGGAGCAGAGACACACACAGGACAGCUCUAUAGAGCACCCCCCGCACCACCAGAGGCUGCCGUCAGGCCGACAAGCCUCCCUGCCUGAGGUCGGCUCAGCACCAAUAGGGCUGCAGCGGCCUGCGUCUGACCCGGGGCUCCCAGGAAACUAGCCCCCCCCUGCACCUCAGCGUCUCCUCUCAAGCUUGUCUCAGGGUCUAAGAAAGAGACUGUAUAUGCAAAGGAAACUGUAGACUUUCUUCCAUUACUUUGACGGAAACUCUCCCCAGCCCCUCUCUGAUUUAAAUGUAUAAAGACAAUUUAUACAGAGGUAUUUAUACACUAUAUUAUUACCACGUGUAAAGUCAUCCUCCAGCGUGUACAUACUUUAUAGAACACUGCCAGCAACACGAGGCACCUGACGUGCUUUUUCUAAAAGAGAUAUGCAUGUUUUACUUUCUGCCGGUUCCUUUUAUUCCUGUGGCAUGUUCCUCACUCUGACUCUCCAGGAAUCACGCUCACAGACCACUGUAGCUGUCACCUCUCAUUUUCUAACGCUCCUCCCUCUCCACAGGGAGUCGGCUACAUGAAAAUCUUCCCAAGGCGUUUUCCACAAGCUCUGAUCUUUUUUCAGCAGCUCCAAAAAGUCCGCGCAGAGAUCUGUCGCUGUGUUUAGCAUGCCUGAUAUCUCCACAACGGAUAAACACUAGUUAUUCAGCUGAAAACACACAACGUGUGUGAGGCUGCGCAGACAUCCCAUAGCACAACCAGACUUGUGUCAGUCUUUGAGAGCAAUAAUGAUCUUCUAUCUCUUGAGAUGAAUCCGCUCUGGAGAUCAUUUUAUACGUGAACAAAGUAAAGAGCAUCUUUCAGCAGCAGUUAUGCGAGUUCAUUUGCUGAACUAUUAGAUUUAAAAACCCAUAUUUAACAUAUAACCACCUGAAUCCUAUCAAUAUAACACACGCAUGGCUGUGGGGGAUUUGCAGUUCACUCUAAACUUGUAAGGGUCAGCAGUCUAAGUGUUUUUUUACAUGACUAUUAGGGCCUUUGUAGCGUUACAGGUAAUACGCUGGAGGACAGGGUCAUGUAGUUGCUUUGUUUUUUUCGGUGAAGUUGGGACCACUUAAAACCCAGAGAAUAUCCACAUUUUUUAAUUGGAAAUAAGCUCAUUUAAUCUAAAUGUUUGACCUAAAGGUGCCCUAACACUCCGUCAUUUCUCCUUCAUUCCGUACCAGAAAGAGCACCGUUGCUUUGUAGUUGCUUGACAUAAUGUCCCUUAGCAGCAUAUGCUAACCUUUGACUGCCUGACAGGAAGUGACAUCUUGAAUCUUCGUCACACCCUGAGUGAACUCUGACGAUCCCACGUGAUAGUUCAGUUGCAUGCUUUAGGUCUUCCAUUGUCUUCUUAAAAAGUACAAUUUCGUAGGAAAAAACAGCGAAUAGUUUUCCAUGUUUUGGGGCCGAGGACGCCUUCACUAGCCUUAGCUUUAUAAGCCUGCUCUAGCCUUUACACACGACGUCGACCCCGCUCCUCCCGCGUCACAUGUAAAUGAACUGAACCACUUUAGGGUGCAUGAGAGAAUGAAUUAGUCAUUUCCUAACUACACAAAGUCCCUCUCGCUCGUGUAUUGCAUGGAGACUGCACUCAGCUAUAAGAAGGUCUCAAUCUCUUUAUGACAUUUGGAAGGAGAUUUAGAAAUAACGCUUCGGCCUAUUUUUCUAAAACAAACUUUAAUUUGCUAUUAUUUUUCUAUGACCUUAUUGUUUUUACCCCCCUGGUUGAUGGGAAUGCUUUGGAAUGCAGAUGGGAAGAAGAUGAAUGCAAUGUACAGCCUCUCAAUGUAGCAACACUCCAGUGACGGGCUUUAGGCUGCAUGAAACAGUUGUCAUUUAAUAUUGCACAUCAUAUCGUUUCUACUUAUUGAACCCAAGUCUUUACUUUGUUUAAACCCGGGGAAAUAUUAUUUAAGAAAAGGGAAACCGUACAGAUGUUUCCAGCAGGUGGUUCUCCCGUCUUUCCUUCUCGAGCACAGAUGUAGAACAAAAGUUGCUAAAGCCUAUAAACUCCACGCGUCCUGAAGACUUUUUCAUGGGAUUUGCAAACUUUUGCACAGAUUAGAAACCUUGCUGUACUGGAUGAUAAGUCCCUUUUUAAAAGGUAGUGCUGUUCACAAUUGUUUUUAUGCAUUUUUUUAAAUGUUUGCCACUGUAUUUUAUACAAUACAACACUUAACAGCUCAUUUGAAUGUUUCUGUUCUUAACUAUAUUUAAAUAAAUGAAAUAUAUCGUGUAAAUAGA